GGAACUUCAAUUAUUUAUUAUAUAAUUCUACUCUCAUCAGAACUAACCUAAAAAAUAAAAGAUUAAAACUCAUGAUAAAAGUUGUGCAACAUGAUGCCUGUAGGCUGUAUUUGUAUUAUUAUUUACACUACAUUAGCUGACUUACGUCAGGGCUUCUUUAUUCAAAGGGCUGCAUUUGUAUCAAACUUUCUUAGAUGUUUGAUUAAUGCCAUGCCCCUUUGAGUUAAUAUGGUUUAAAAUAGCUGAAUUUUUAUUUCUUUUUUCUAAGAACUGUUCUUAAAUUAUCCAAACAGGAAAAGGAUAAUUCAAUAACUUCCGCUAUUUUUUAUGUAAACAAAGGAAUCAACAGGUGAUUUCUGAUGCUAAUUUUGAAAAUUGAGUUACGAGCCUUACUAUGUGGUUAAAAUUGUUAUUGUUGACUCUGUAUUUCGUUUUUUUAUUCGUCUUGUGUCGAAUGUUAGAAACUUUCUCCUGGUAUAAUGAUACAGGAUCAUUAGUUACAUCAUUUGUUGUUUUGGAUCCGAUUUCAUUGAGUGUGAAGAAGUUGAAAGAGCUGCUGGAUAACCGAGGCGUGAGUUAUUCUGGAGUAUUUGAAAAGCCAGAAUUAGUGGAACUGGUGAAGUCUUCAGGUCAAGUGACUAAGGAGGAGUUGAUUGAUGCCUUGUUUCCUUCCAAAGCUGCUCCCGAAACCACACAUUUCACAUGUGGCUCACAUUUCUAUGAAGAAGUGGAGGACACUAAAGAUAGUGCCUGGUUAGUCCAAGUUGAUGUUGAUGGAGCAGAGUCAACUCUUCUCUCGGAAAAAUCUUGGGAAGAAAUUAGACAAACAGCUGGGAAUUUUGGAGUGAGAAGUGGAGUUUUUAAAUGCUCCCUAGAUAGAAGAUUGUGCCAUCGUAAAGGUUGGACUACUUCCAGACUCAUUUUAGCUUUACCACGUGGUCAUAAAGCCAAAGAAGAUGUCAUUCUUCACAACCAUCUACUACCUUCCACGCCUUCAUCCAUUCUUCAUUGGGUACGCAAACAUCUCGCUUCACGUGUUCAUGAAAUACAAACAAAUGAGGAAUUGGACAAAUGGCUAACUUAUCCAGAUGGUAAAAAUUCCGAGAUUCGAAUUCUGUUUUUCUCUCUGUUGAAAUCAUGUCCCAUGUUCCUUUCUGCAAUGGCCAUUAAAUUCAAUGGCCGUGUUAAGAUUGGGACUGUGGAUGUGACUACAGUAAAAUCUUAUAAAAGAUUUGUAAAAUCCGAAGAUAUUCCAGCAUAUGUUGUUAUAACUCCAGAGAAGACUUCUUCCUAUGGAGCACGCCGAGGAGAGUGUUACAAUUCCAAAUCUUUGGAACUUUAUUUGAGGACUUUUGUUCCAGAAAUGAACGAUGUCUUCCUUUGGUCGUUGCUGUUGGUGAAUGUUCUUGCAGCUUUUGAAUUGUUUUAUAUGAACUGUUCUUUCUGGAAACAUUUCAUCCUUUAUGCUGUGUGUGUAGUGAAAUACAACUGUGCACUGUUCUUGCUGUGGCUUUUAAUUUUGGCCUUAUACCGAUUCCCCGUUACGAUGACCCUUACUGAAAUUUCUCUGAAGUGUUUGAGAAUUGUUAGUGGGUCCAGUGUGGGUGCCAUUUUGAGGAAUGAUUAUAAAUGUUUUUAUUCUAACCCUUUUUUGCUAUUUACAUUCGCAUUUUUUGCCAGUGUAUCUGGAUACUUCUUGAAAAAAUUUAAAUGGUUACAACUGGUGGAGGAAGAUACAAUAUUCUCUUCUUUUCAAUCUCUGGCAGCUUCUCGGAGAACCGUGUCUUUCCAAGAAAUCGAUUUGGAAAUAGACAUGGAUCUUUUCGUAGAGCGGUUGUCUGUCCCAAACUUGUAUAUUCAACCUGUGAUAUUGAUGGAUUAUAUAAAAUAUCUACCCAUGUGGAAAUACGAGGGAUGGUGCGACGCUGACGAUGAACUCGAGCGAAGAAGAGAUGUAUUAUUUUCUAGUGAUGAUGAGAGUGUAAAAAUUUCAAACAAACCCCCAGUGCCUGAAAUUAAGACAUAUACCUCGGAUGGUAUCAAUUCCAUUGAUGUAUCAAUCUCAGACAAUGUAUCUAGUCAGACGCAGUGUGAUGUGAAUGCCGGUGUUGUUCUUCAAUCCAGACCUACAAUACACUCAGAACUUGAAUCUUCCAGAUCUAUAUUACAGAAACCUAGAGCUCCAGAUGGAAUGCUUGAAUUGCGUGAAUGUUCUAUUUGCUUAGAAAAUUAUCGAUAUUCAGAAUGUCUUUGCGGAUUACCUUGUGGUCACAAUUUUCACAUGAACUGCAUUAUGGUCUGGCUUACACGUGAUAAUCAUUGUUGUCCAAUUUGUCGCAGGCCUUCCUACAAACCUAGAAAUGCAAUGUAUCAUCAGCAUUCUCAAUGAUUUAAAAUGAAAACUAAAGUGAGUUUUCGGCUUCUGUGAAAAUAUGAAUAACAAGGAGAUAUUUUUUGAAUCUAAGUUUAAAUAGUUUUUUAUCUCCAGAGUUAUACUUUAAUUGCUAUGUAUUUUUAAAAUCCUUUAGAAUAUUUAUAGAAUAGCAUAAUAAUUUUACUACGUGUAAUUUAAAUUUUGUAAAAUGUAACUACUUUGUUUCUUUAUUGUUUUAAUCUUUUUU